AUGGCGCCAACAACACACUCCCCGAAGCGGUCACCCCAGGGUGUCGCAAAGGCUACCCAUCACAACCCCGCGGGUCGUUCCCCGAGAACGUCCAAUAAAGCUGUCUCCCUCGGUUCUCUGAACGCUGAUCGGAAACGAAGAGCGGCCUCCGUCUCGAGCGUGUCAUCCGUCUCAUCCAUUGGCGAACUCAGCGAUGAUGCAAAUGAUUCCGAGGAUGAUGAUGCAGAUGACGAAGAAGAACAGCCCGCUGUUCGUGGCCCGUCUUAUGGUCGCCGUGACAGGGCCCAUAAGACGGGUGUCAAACAAAAGAAGACAAAAAAGAUGAAGUUCUCCGACGAUGACGGCUACGAUGGCCAACGGAGUAGCGAUGAUAACAAUGAAUCCGAUGAAAGCUCCGAUGAUGUCUAUGCCGCUGUGGACUAUAUCAGCGAUGGCUCAGAUGAUGAGGAACAGGAUGUAGAGAAGUUGGAGGAGUUGUUGAUUGUGGAAUCUGAGAAUGAAAACCCUGUUGGUGGUAUCUUGGCUGCUCCCGGCGCUGAUGCUUGGGCCGGUCCCAAUGUUUUCGACGAUCAUAUGAUCCUGUCGGCUGCGUCCUUCUUUGAUGAAGAACAGCUUUAUACUGCCAUGGAAGCCUUUGGGGAGACUGACAUGGCUAGCGAGACUGCUAUUGAGACCCCGGUGGCGCGCCGGGUGCAUUUCGAGGAAGACUCAGACUCCUCGUCUGAUAGUGAUUCCCAUACUGAAGAUGAGAUCCCAAGUGAUUUCCUCCAGCAGGAUAGUCUCGAUCCCCAGUUGCGUCGCAUGAUCGACAAUGAUAAUGAAAAUUUAUCCCGCCGCCGGCGUCAAUCUGAGGAGAUAUAUGCCGAGUCAGACUAUGGGCAUUCUAAUAUUUAUCACGUGGAAUCCGAUGCCAUCUCCGACGGUUCGGAGUCAAGCGGCUAUGAAACCGAUGAUGGCGAGACUACAGAUGAAGAUCUCCCUCCUCCUGCCACCAUCACUCAUCCCAGAUCUAUCCUGCGUCGUGAUUCUUCGGCCUCGUUGGCGCCCACAGGCGAUGAGAAGAGCGAAACCACUUCUCGUCGGCGAGGACCUAUCAUGGGGACAUUUGUCGCCGAUCCUCAUAAACCUGUUGCACUUGUCGACUGCACUGGCAAGCACCUUGUGAUCAUUCCUGCCUAUGCUUCUUCUCGCCAUGAUUGGCUUGAAUCUGCCACGAACAGUGUCUGCAAUACUGCUCACAACAGCCCGCGGGCUACUACCAUGCAUCUUAUUGACGAGAGCGACACGGACGCCCUCGCGUCGCCCAACCAUGCUGAUCUGAGCCCUAUGCUAGCAUCGAGUGCCAAUCUUAUGAUGACUGCUCUUGGUAAUGAUAUUGCUCCGGGUGGUCAGGUAAUGGGCCCGCCCGAGGCGUUCUAUCCGUCCCGUGACUUUGCUAUCGAUAGCUCUUUCGAGGACGAUGAUGAAGAUGAUCCGGAGUCGGCUUUGAAUGUCGAAGACUUCAUUGACUUCGGUGAUGGGUCAUCUGAUGACGAAAUGGACAAGGCGUUUGACGAAGAAGCGCUGAUGUCGCCAAUGACUGCCCGACCCCUACAGGCCGGCACGGGUACGCCGACCCCUAAUCGCGGUGCUGACUCCCAGCAGGCCAGCAGUGCGGAGCGAUUCCUAAAUCACCUGGACCGUGGCAUCGUUACCGCAUUCCGCCGGAAUCACAACCGCUACCAAGCCCUGUUGCGUCUCCCACAACAUCGGGAAUUUAUGCCGGCCAAUUCGCCUUCUCGCCCCGCUAGCGUCUUCAGGCAUGCACGCCAUGCAGACCAACGCACCCCCACGCGCAAGCGCAAAGCUAGUGGGUACAACGGCGGGGAGGCGGUCCGACGAAAGCUGAUGGACGCCCACCGCCACACCCAGCUUCCUUUCUAA